CCAGUUGCACCGUCACUUCUUGAACCUUGGAUGUCCGACAAGAAUGCUAAUUCUGCCUCGGAUAUGUCCGAGCAGGAACGGAAGGAGGCUUUCAACAGAAUGCUAGAGGAAUAUGAGAUUUCCUCCAAGAUGAAGUGGCACGAAGUUGAGAAAAUCAUCAAAGACGAUUGGCGCUUUGGACUAUGCAGAAACAACGGUCAGCGAAAGCAGUUCCUUUCCGAGUAUCAGAGCCGACGCGUUAAGUUUGAACAGACUGAGGGUCGUCAUCGAGAAAUGGCCGCGAAGAAAGAGUUCAGAGAGCAAUUGGAGCAGUGGCUGAAUGCACAGAAGGAGGAAGAGGCGGAGGCUCAGAAGAAGGAGGCCGAAGUCGUGAACACCGAAGUCCCUUCUAUUAUUGAUGUAGCGAAGAAACCAGAGGAGGACUCGUCAGCUGCUUUGAUGGAGGACGGCAGUCCUCUUACUUUCGAAAACGUCACGUUCCGAGAUCUGGCCUAUGCUUGGCGCAAGAAGGACUUCUGGAAGUUUGCUCAUGAAGAUGAUCUCGAUCAUAUAUUCCAAGACUUCAUGGACGAGAACGAGAAUAAGAUGCGAGACAUCAGCAGACGUGAUAGAAUUCGGAAGAUGGACAAGCUCUUCCUCGUGUACUCUAAGCAUCCUCAGGUCAAUAGACUAACCAAGUGGAAUGAUGUCUGCCACUUCAUGGCUGAGAAAUUUCCGGAGGAGUUCCGCAGUGUAGAGCCGCUGGAUAGACUGGCCGUCUGGGAGCGGUGGAUCAAGGAGGCCGAUGAGAAGUUCAAGGUCGAGAGGGAGAAGGCAAAGCGUCGGGCUGAACGCAAGCAUAGGGAUAAGUUCAGGGAGAUGCUGGUCCACGACUACAUGGAGCAAAUACACAAUGGUGUGUCAUGGUUCGAUCUCCAUAAGGAUAUUAAGGAUCGUGAGGCUUACAUUGAUCUUAUCGGCAGUCGGAACUCGAGCCAGCCCUAUGAUAUCUUCAACGACAUAUGCAAAGAAGUCCGUCGGGAGGCUCGGCAGAAGCGAGCACAGUUGGAGUUGGAGAAGGAGCGCCAGGCGAGAUCGGAGAGGCUCGAAUCCCAGAAUGAACAUGGACAUAAAAAGCCGAAAAAUGCUUUUGACGUGGCGGCUCCGAAGAAGAACGUCAGAGAGACGCCUUCUCCUGAGCCGAAAAAGUCUAAAGAUGAGCGGUCUUCAUCGGGGGAUAGACGCCGAGAGAGUACCUCGAAAAGUAGAGCUAAGAGGACUGAGUCCCCAGCGGAUGAUGUGUCGGAUAUAUCCGAUCGGAAAGGAGAAGAUAGCAGGAAGAGGCGAAGGGCGCGAUAGG